GCCUUAGUAAGUUUUGUUAGCCAAUCAAAAAUGGAAAUGCAUCAAAGAGGGCAGAGUUUAUUGAUGGUUUUUAUCUGCUCCAACUGGCCUGACUCUCUCAUUACCAACCCCAGCACCUUAUAUUCAAGCAGAUAAUGGAUCUGAACUUUUUAGGUUUAAAGAAUGUGGCCUGACCUAGGUCAAUUAGCACAACAAAAGAAGGACAUUUUAAACAGGCAAGAGCUGGAAUAGUCCCAUCUGUGACCAUGGAGGAAGCUGACUUUGCUGAAGAUAUAUAUGUCCGAUAUAUGAGGAAACAUUUUCCAGAACUCCUUGCAGCUCAACAGAAGGCCCAUCAAAGAGAUAUGGGAGUUAAAGUGAAGCAUAAGAACCAUUUCUUUCUAUCCUCAACGGGAAAUUAUUAUGAAGAUGAAAUCGAAGAAUUCUUGCAGGAAUCAGAUGAAGAAUGGAAUGACAGAGAUAGCCCACUGACUGCCAAAAGCUCUGAAUGGUGUCAACGAAAGCCUCUUUUACCCCGUACAACUCAGAUUGUGAUUGAGGACAGUUUUGGAGGGCUUGUCCAUCGUUUGUGUGAACCAUGGGACCUCUAUGGCCUUUCAACCAAUCACCAAUUGCCCUGUUGGCCACAGGAGUGUGAGGUCAUCAAAGAACGCAUUAGGCACAUUGUGGGUGUUUCAAUAGGCCCAGAACCUCUGUACAGAGCAACAGGGUUGGAGCAAGCACCAAUCUAUAUAAACCCAGAAGAGUGUGAAGUGGUUUAUAGUACCAGUAAAGCUUAUAUGGAACCCUGCUUCACCUUUUCCCGAGUGAGUGGCAGUUCCAAGCCCCUGAAACAGGCAUCCAUUAAUGUCAGUGAUCAAAACAACACACUGAUAUUUGAGUCUCGAUUUGAGAGUGGGAAUCUCGAGAAAGUAUUCAAAGUAGGAGAAUAUGAAUAUAACCUGAUGUUGCGCACAGAUCUCUACACAGCAAAACACACCCAGUGGUAUUACUUCCAGGUGCAGAACAUGCAGCCAGCAGUCCAGUACCGCUUCACCAUCAUUAAUCUGAUGAAGCCCACCAGCCUGUACAACAUGGGAAUGAAGCCGCUGUUGUAUUCCACCAAGGAUGCAGAGCUGCACAAGAUUGGCUGGCGCAGGGUGGGGAGCCAAAUCAAGUACUACCGAAACAACUACAGCAACAGCAAGCACCACUACUACUCGCUCACCUGGACGUUUGAGUUCCCGCAUUACGGGGACACUUGCUACUUUGCCCACUGCUAUCCCUACACCUACUCUGACCUCCAGGACUAUGUGACACACGUGGUCAACGAUCCAGCCAAGUCCAAAUUCUGCAAAGUCCGGGUGCUGUGCCGCUCAUUGGCUGGGAACAUGGUUUACGUUCUGACUGUGACAAAUCCCUCUGAGAGUUCCGAGGCCGCACUCGAAAAGAAAGCAGUGGUCCUGACCGCCCGUGUCCACCCAGGAGAGACCAACAGCUCCUGGAUGAUGAAGGGUUUCCUUGACUAUCUUCUUGGCAACUCGAUGGAUGCCAAUCUGCUGCGGGACACAUUCCUUUUCAAAAUCGUGCCAAUGCUGAACCCUGAUGGGGUCAUCGUGGGGAAUUACCGGUGCUCACUCUCUGGUCAGGAUUUAAAUCGUAAAUACCGGUCCUAUUUGAAGGAGACCUACCCCUCUGUGUGGUACACCCGGAAACUGAUCAAACGGUUAAUGGAGGAGCGGACGGUGUUUCUAUACUGUGAUCUCCACGGUCACAGUCGGAAGCAGAACAUUUUUAUGUAUGGUUGUCAGAGUCGGAGACGGACUGUAUCAUCAUAUGCCAAGCAGCGAGUGUUCCCCUUCAUGCUUAGUAAGAACUGCUGUAACAAGUUUUGUUUUCAAAGUUGUAAAUUCCAUGUGAAGCGGGCUAAGGAAGGAACAGGACGUGUGGUGGUGUGGAGGAUGGGAGUCACCAACAGUUACACCCUGGAAGCAACUUUCUGUGGCUCCACAUUGGGGAACAGUGGGGACGUCCAUUUCAAUGUAAACGAUCUGGAAUCAGUGGGCUUUGAGUUUUGUGACACCCUGUUGGACUACUGUGAUCCUGAUCAGUCCAAGUACAUCCAAUGCAAAAGGCAGUUGCAGAACCAAAUAAAAGAACAUAUUGCUGCCAAAAUGGAGAUGUCUGGUACAAAGUAUGAUUCUGAUGCAUCGCUGGGAGAUAUCCUAUCCUAUAUCGAAUCCAGCACCACUGGUUCAAACAGUUCCGAGUCUGAUGACCAGUCUUUGCAUUUUGGAAGAAAGGCCCACCAGCGUGUGACGAAAAGGAAGAAACAACUAAAAACCAAAAAGCAGAGACAAAAUUCCUACUUAAUCCGAAAGGUGAUGAAUACUGAAAAGCAAUACCAGUUUGUACAGCAAACACAAGCACACAAGAAACCACAAAAAACACAUGCAGGAAACCAUCAUCACUACUUGAAUCAAGCACCUGAUCAAAAUGGGAGUGACUUGGACUCUGCUGUCAAUGUCCUGCAGCAGGUACUUUCUGCGAAUGUUGGGAAAUGGAAAAGUACAGAAGAUUUACAGAUAACAGAUCAUCGAAAGAUGCAGCUUAAAGCAGCGCCUUCCCGGGCAGAAAGGACCACAAAAAGAGAAUCCCUUAGGUCCCAUGGCCACUUUGAAGCGCAUGAGCCUGGGUUUGAACAUGAAGAUCGAACACCUACCCUUUCUGACCCUGUACCCCAGAGAAACUGCAAAAUCGGUGAAGGAAAGGUUUCCCCAGUCUUGAGUAUUGGAGAAACUGCUGCUGUUUCAGAGGCUAGACUUGAGACCAGUGAAGAUUCAAUCUAUGAUGACUAUAUGUCUGGUGGAAUAAGCAUGAGACUACACCACCCUACAAAUACUAUUACAGAAGAUUGUCAGAAUUCAGACUCCAUUUUCUCAGUUCAAGUCCACGAGAAGCAUCCAAAUUCUUCCAAAUAUGAAUUUGAAUGGGUUCCAAGAAAACAGACUUCUAACCUGAAAACAUCUCCCCCCAAACCACAGUCGAUUGCUACUCCAGCACCCUUCUUCCCCAUUAAAAAAACAAAGCUGCCAGUCAUUGACCAUUUACAGAACAGGCACCUGAGGGCAGCCAGACGAGUUUUCAGUGAGGAGGAGGCAAAUCCCACUGACCGUGCAAGCAGAAUGUUGAGGAUCACAGGGGAAGGAAUCGACAGCCAGGUUGGAUUAGAUCACAGGACUGAGAUUACGCAAAUGUGGAAGGGGAUACCGUCACAGAUGUCCCAGUCUCCAAGCAAACAGCUAUCAGGAGUUGUCUCCCGUACUUUGUCAACAAAUCCCAUCAGGUGUAACUUGCCAAUGACAGCAAAACAUGGACCAGAAUUAAGGACCAGCAAAGAGCCAAUCAUUCAGAGCAGAGCAUCACCGGCUGCCUCCAAGCCUGCAUUGUGCACUUGUUCAGACUUAUUGGAUAUCACCUGUGGAAACCAAGAGGAAACUGUAGGAAAGGGAGGUUCAUUUCUGCCUCAGCACUGGGUGACAUGCCUGAUAAAUAAACAACAGGAAUCCUCUCGCUCCUCCCUACACAUUGGGAAAGAUGUGCAACAGCCGAGGAGAAGCCUGAGAAUAGGUUUUGUGGAAAACUCACAGAGAUUCCACAUGAAUACAGAGAGUUCUUCAGGGGGCCAGAAGAGGAGGUUGAGAAUGAAGCGAGACAGGACUCCAUUGCAUCAAGCUACUAGAGCACCGAAACGCAAUGUUGAGCAAAGUCACAGUGAGACUAACGCUCUCUCAAGUAUCUACACUGACGAUAUGGCAGAAUCACCAAAAUCUAAUCUCUUGAAGUCCCUGGAAAAGGAUUUCAGUAUGAUCUCCUUACAAACAGCACUUCAACUGUCAUGAUACAUAGGGCUAGCAAGUGAGAACUUCCACCUCAAGUCAUUCUUGACUAACUGGUAACUCUGAUGAAUGAGGUUACAGUUCUCUAGUCAGGGAGAGAGGAUUUGUUCCUUAGGUUUAUAAUUUAGUGUUAAUAAUUAUUGGUUUAGCAUCAUAUUUCUCCACAUUGAUCAAUCACACUUCAGGUAACUAUGGUUUAGCAAAGGCAAGCAUUUUAACAAACAGUUUGUGUUUACAUCAACACAGCCAAAAAUAUAUAACGCUCCCUCCCAAUCAAUCUAUUGUCAACAAAGCAGGCAAGAACCAAUCAACAAUGACUUAUUUUAAGUUGAAUUUCCAAUGAAGGAGGACUGUUCCAUUGUCUGUUCACUUCUGGUUGUUAGAUGUUAAGGUGAACUGCUCAGAUGGGAGCUUAACAAAAAACAUUUAGGAAGAGGACAAUGUGACUGUCUGCAUUCUUACAGGGCCCUGUGUCCAAGAUUACAACCUACAGCAACAGCAAACAUAUGAAGAAGGAUUCUGUCAGGGGAACUUUUGCCUCAAGGGACAGACUUCACUCCUUGAGCUAAACAAUGGGAAAAAUGUCUCUCAGGAAAUUCUGCUCGGUGAUGGAAGAGCACAGAAAUUAAUUUAAGGCAAAGGCAACUUCUGAAUCCAAAAUAACCUGGAAUUCUUUUUGUGGGAUAAGGCUCCUUAAGUGAACUGAUACCACACAGAAGACAAUACAAGACAAAGUCAAAGAAUGUUCAUUUUACAAUAUUCAUCAAUCUAUUUUAAAUUGGAUUCAGUA